GCUCCGUUCUUUUGUCACCUCCAUCCAGGGGUUAGCGCGUUCACGGCUAGUGCUGUUGUAGCGGCUGCGCUGACCUGCAGGGCCACAAGCUCUGCCCCGCUAAAAUUUUGGCUGCAGCCGGGCCCCGAAUCCAAGGAAGGCACGCCUGAGCCUCGUCCACUUUGGCGGGCACCCGAACGCACCGCACCUCCAAUUGCACCUGGAAAGCUCCAGUCCCCUUCGCUCACCUCCAUCAACAGGUUGAUCUUUCUCUCUGCCCUCCUCCUGAACCUUCACCUCCUUCCCCUACAUUCUGUCUCAUACUGCCUCUGUUUUCAUCUUCCUCUCCUUCUCUAAUACCACUGCCUGUGCACACGAGGGCAGCUCCCAUUACAUCUGUGCUCACUGCUGACCGGCCAUCCCACCUUUCAGCUCCCCCGCGACCACAAGCCUCUCAUCAUGGCUGCCAACGGCAACAAGGGCCUCUCGGCCAACGACAAGAUCCAGCGUUUCGCAGCGCCUAGCCGGUCCAUGAGCCCAAUGCCUUCGCACGCUCUCUUCAGCGACAAGACCAGGUGCUUCGUCUACGGUCUCCAGCCCCGUGCCGUUCAGGGCAUGCUCGACUUCGACUUCAUCUGCAAGCGCAAGACCCCAUCAGUUGCUGGCAUUAUCUACACCUUCGGCGGUCAAUUCGUCUCCAAGAUGUACUGGGGUACCAGCGAGACUCUGCUGCCCGUCUACCAGCAGGUCGAUCAGGCCAUGAGCAAGCACCCCGAUGUCGAUGUCGUGGUCAACUUUGCCUCGUCCCGCAGUGUCUACAGCUCCACCAUGGAGCUGAUGGAGAACCCCCAGAUCAAGACCAUUGCCAUCAUUGCCGAGGGUGUGCCCGAGCGUCGCGCCCGUGAGAUCGCCCACGUUGCUCAGAAGAAGGGUGUCACCAUCAUUGGCCCUGCCACCGUUGGUGGAAUCAAGCCCGGGAGCUUCAAGAUCGGUAACACUGGUGGUAUGAUGGACAACAUUGUCUCCUCCAAGCUCUACCGCAAGGGCUCCGUUGGCUACGUCUCCAAGUCUGGCGGCAUGUCCAACGAGCUCAACAACAUCAUCUCCACAACCACCGACGGUGUCUACGAGGGUAUUGCUAUUGGUGGUGACCGCUACCCUGGCACCACCUUCAUCGACCACAUGCUCAGAUACCAGGCCGACCCUGAAUGCAAGAUUCUCGUCUUGCUUGGUGAAGUUGGUGGUGUAGAGGAGUACAAGGUCAUUGAGGCCGUCAAGCAGGGCGUCAUCACCAAGCCCAUCGUGGCCUGGGCCAUCGGUACUUGCGCCAGCAUGUUCAAGACCGAGGUUCAGUUCGGUCACGCUGGUUCCUUUGCCAACUCACAGCUCGAGACGGCUGCCAACAAGAACAAGUCCAUGCGUGAGGCUGGUUUCUACGUCCCCAACACCUUCGAGGAUCUUCCUCAGACCUUGACCGAGGUCUACCAGAAGCUUGUCAAGGACGGCACCAUCACUCCCCAGCCUGAGCCUGCUGUGCCCAAGAUCCCCAUGGACUACUCCUGGGCUCAGGAGCUUGGCCUCAUCCGCAAGCCUGCUGCCUUCAUCUCCACCAUCUCCGACGACCGUGGUCAGGAACUCCUCUACGCCGGCAUGCCCAUCUCGGACGUUUUCAAAGAGGACAUCGGCAUCGGUGGUGUCAUGUCUCUUCUGUGGUUCCGUCGCCGCCUUCCCAAGUACGCCUCCAAGUUCUUGGAGAUGGUUCUCAUGCUCACGGCCGACCACGGUCCCGCCGUGUCUGGUGCCAUGAACACCAUCAUCACAACUCGUGCUGGCAAGGACCUGAUCAGCGCUCUUGUCUCUGGUCUCUUGACCAUUGGUUCGCGCUUUGGUGGUGCCCUCGAUGGCGCUGCUGAGGAAUUCACCAAGGCUUUUGACAAGGGUCUGAGCCCCCGUGAGUUCGUCGACGGCAUGCGCAAGGCCAACAAGCUCAUUCCCGGUAUCGGCCACCGCAUCAAGUCCCGCAACAACCCCGAUCUGCGUGUUGAGCUGGUCAAGGAAUACGUCCUGGCCAACUUCCCCAACCACAAGCUGCUCGACUACGCUCUGGCUGUCGAGACCGUCACCACUUCCAAGAAGGACAACCUGAUCCUCAACGUUGAUGGCUGCAUUGCCGUCUGCUUUGUCGACCUUGUCCGCAACUGCGGCGCUUUCUCUGCGGAGGAGGCUGAGGACUACCUGAAGAUGGGUGUUCUCAACGGUCUCUUCGUUCUCGGCCGCAGCAUUGGUCUCAUUGCUCACUUCCUCGACCAGAAGCGUCUGCGCACUGGCCUGUACCGUCACCCCUGGGACGAUAUCACCUACCUUCUGCCUUCCCUCGCCCAGGGCCAACCAGGGUCUGAGGGCCGCGUGGAGGUGUCUGUGUAAGGGUUUUAUGUUGAUGACGCGGUUUGAAAUUAAGGUGUUUGCUGGAUCUGGGGUAGAGCGAGAUGUAUGAAAGCCUGGAAUGAUAUGGCGCUAGAGCUAUAACACCUUGAUGGUUUACUAGAAUAUAAUGACCAAACUACCUAUUGUUAUCUUCUGUGUUCUUGCGUG